AGGCGAGAGACGUAUAUCCGGUAUUUGGAACGCAGGUGGGUGCAUUGGGUGAGGUGCUCGCUGUUUCCGGACCCGCUGUCUGUGCGUUCGGUUCUCUGCUCUAGGGGCUUGUCUGCUUCCGGCUGCCAGUUACAUCCCGACUGUGAUUCGGUGCUAUCCCAGCAGGUCCAUAAAGGAAACGUGCAACCAUGACCGAUUCAAAGUAUUUUACCACAAACAAAAAAGGAGAGAUUUUUGAACUGAAGGCCGAAUUGAACAAUGAGAAGAAAGAGAAACGCAAGGAAGCAGUGAAAAAGGUCAUUGCUGCUAUGACCGUAGGCAAGGAUGUGAGCUCCCUGUUUCCUGACGUAGUAAACUGUAUGCAGACAGAUAAUCUGGAGCUUAAGAAACUUGUGUAUCUUUAUCUGAUGAAUUAUGCCAAAAGCCAGCCAGACAUGGCUAUAAUGGCUGUUAACAGCUUUGUCAAGGACUGUGAGGAUCCCAAUCCUCUGAUCCGGGCCUUGGCUGUGCGUACAAUGGGAUGCAUUCGUGUGGAUAAGAUCACGGAGUAUCUCUGCGAGCCUUUGCGCAAGUGCCUGAAAGAUGAAGACCCCUAUGUGCGCAAGACAGCAGCAGUGUGUGUUGCCAAACUUCAUGACAUCAAUGCACAAAUGGUGGAGGAUCAAGGCUUCCUGGAUUCACUGCGCGACCUCAUAGCAGACUCCAACCCCAUGGUGGUUGCCAAUGCUGUUGCUGCUCUGUCUGAAAUCAGCGAGUCUCACCCCAACAGUAACCUUCUUGAUCUGAAUCCCCAAAACAUUAACAAAUUGCUGACUGCCUUGAAUGAAUGCACCGAAUGGGGCCAGAUCUUUAUUCUUGACUGUCUCUCAAACUACAAUCCAAAAGAUGAGAGGGAGGCACAAAGUAUCUGUGAGCGCGUCACUCCUCGCUUAUCUCAUGCCAACUCCGCUGUUGUCCUUUCUGCUGUUAAAGUUUUGAUGAAAUUUCUGGAACUUCUACCUAAAGACUCUGAUUACUACACUAUGCUGCUCAAGAAAUUGGCACCUCCUUUGGUUACUCUGCUCUCUGGGGAGCCAGAGGUCCAGUAUGUGGCUCUAAGAAACAUCAAUCUGAUUGUCCAAAAAAGGCCAGAGAUUCUAAAGCAAGAAAUCAAAGUGUUUUUUGUCAAGUACAAUGAUCCAAUUUAUGUGAAAUUGGAGAAAUUGGACAUAAUGAUACGGCUAGCAUCACAGGCCAACAUUGCUCAGGUCCUCGCUGAGCUUAAGGAGUAUGCUACUGAAGUAGACGUGGACUUUGUCAGGAAGGCAGUCCGUGCCAUCGGAAGAUGUGCCAUCAAAGUUGAGCAAUCUGCUGAGAGGUGUGUAAGCACCCUUCUUGACCUUAUUCAGACCAAAGUAAAUUAUGUGGUUCAAGAAGCCAUUGUUGUCAUCAGGGACAUCUUCCGCAAGUAUCCCAACAAAUAUGAGAGCAUAAUUGCCACAUUAUGUGAAAAUCUGGACUCGCUGGAUGAGCCUGAUGCCCGAGCUGCUAUGAUCUGGAUUGUGGGAGAAUAUGCAGAGCGUAUUGAUAAUGCUGAUGAACUGCUGGAGAGCUUUCUGGAAGGAUUCCAUGAUGAGAGCACACAAGUGCAGCUCACACUUUUGACUGCUAUUGUUAAAUUGUUCCUGAAGAAGCCAUCAGAAACACAGGAGUUGGUUCAGCAAGUUCUUAGCCUAGCUACACAGGAUUCCGAUAACCCUGAUCUUCGUGACCGAGGAUAUAUUUACUGGCGUUUGCUUUCCACUGACCCUGUCACUGCUAAAGAGGUGGUACUUUCCGAGAAGCCACUUAUCUCUGAGGAGACUGACCUUAUAGAGCCCACUUUGCUGGAUGAGCUGAUUUGCCACAUUGGCUCUCUGGCUUCAGUGUACCAUAAGCCACCCACCGCUUUUGUUGAAGGCAGCCAUGGAGUCCAUCGUAAACACCUACCAAUCCAGCAUGGAAGCAUUGAUAUUGGAGACAGCCCAGUUGGACCUGCUCCUACCUCUGCCCUUGAACAGCAACAGGUUAUUCCCUCUCAAGGAGACCUCCUAGGUGAUCUUCUUAAUCUAGACCUUGGGCCCCCAGGAAAUGUGCCACAGGUGUCUACAAUGCAGAUGGGAGCAGUGGAUCUGCUUGGUGGAGGCCUAGAUAGUCUGAUGGGAGAGGAUACGCAAUGGUUGGGGAGCGAUCUUGGAGGUGGCAUUGGUGGAAGUCCUGCGGUAGGACAGACAUUUAUUCCUUCCUCUGUACCAGCUACUUUUGCUCCUUCGCCUACUCCAGCUGUGGUCAGCAGCGGACUCAAUGAUUUGUUUGAACUUUCAACUGGCAUUGGAAUGGCCCCAGGGGGAUUCGUAGUUCCAAAAGCUAUUUGGCUGCCUGCUGUAAAAGCAAAAGGACUGGAGAUCUCAGGCACAUUUUCCCAUAGGCAGGGGCACAUCCACAUGGACAUGAACUUCACCAACAAGGCUCUGCAGCACAUGACCGAUUUUGCCAUCCAGUUUAAUAAGAACAGCUUUGGAAUGAUUCCAAGUGCCCCACUGGCUAUACAUACACCCCUUAUGCCGAACCAAAGCAUUGACAUUUCCCUCCCACUCAACACCCUGGGGCCUGUCAUGAAGAUGGAGCCACUUAACAACCUCCAGGUGGCUGUGAAAAACAACAUUGAUGUUUUCUACUUCAGCUGUCUCAUCCCUUUACACGUGUUGUUUGUGGAAGAUGGCAAAAUGGAGCGCCAAGUUUUCCUGGCUACCUGGAAAGACAUACCUAAUGAAAAUGAGCUACAGUUCCAGAUCAAGGAGUGCCAUCUGAAUGCAGACGCUGUUUCCAGUAAGCUGCAGAACAACAAUGUUUACACUAUCGCCAAGCGGAACGUGGAAGGGCAGGACAUGUUGUACCAGUCCCUAAAACUUACCAAUGGCAUCUGGAUCUUGGCAGAGCUGAGGAUACAGCCUGGGAACCCAAAUUACACACUUUCUCUGAAGUGUCGUGCACCAGAGGUGUGUAAUUAUGUGUACCAGGUCUAUGACUCCAUAUUGAAGAACUGAAGUGGCAAUCCAGCAACUGACUUCUUAUAGAUGUACACAUGAUAUUUCUUAUGUCAAAUGUCUCAUAACGCUCCUACUCUUACAAUGUAUUGGAUUAUCCAUUCCAGCUCUUGGAAGCUAUGCUGUCAGAGCCUUGAGCAGUGAUCAGAAUUGGAGAAGGCACUUGUUAUAUAUCUCUGGUUUGGCAAUGGCUUCACAGGCUAGACACCCCUAGAAUUCCUACAGCAGUAUAUACAUACCAGCGGCUAUAGUCAUAUACAUGAAGUAGGGCUUUGUUAACAUGAUGUAUUUGCCACUUUUAUUGAGCUCAUGUUACUAUAUACUAUUGUGUAUCAUGUAGUUGCUCCUUGCCAAUGUAAUAGCCUGAUUAAACUGGAGUAGUCAUGUAGUAUCAGAAUUGUGUAUUGACAGAAGUCUUAUCGGCUUGCAGUGCACUGAGCCAGAGCUUUUCAUGACCAGAAAAAUACCUGUUACCCUAGAUAAUAUAACAUGUUGUGUCAUUGUGUCUGCCAUACUUAACCUCUAGUAACGGUUUUCUAGUAGAUAAAAAAAACAGCCAUCAUUCUUUGUGCCACUUGUAUACUCUUUGUUCUUGUGAUACUCCACUGCUGCUUGACCCCUUCCUCUGUACAUUUCGUGCCAAUGCUCAGUGCAUGCUGGCCUGGCUGAGGAUGUCACCUGUGUGUUGUAAAGUCCAGUUUUCACAGUAAUAUGACAAAUGUUGUAAAACCAAUAAAAUAUGUUUCAGAAAACAAA